CACGGAUGUUACCUCAUUCUUUUCUUAUACAGAUCCGCAGUAGGGUCUAAUUGCCAAACAACAACUCAGUAGCCGAGAUGUUACUGGUCAAUAGCACAAGUUCCAGAAUAUUUAUCCAAAUAAUGUUUUGCUUUACAUUUCUUUUGCUGUUACCGUUAACUGACGGGAUGCAAUCAUCGUUGGAUACGGCGUUAACUAUGCAGUCUGAUCCUUUGCUUUUAUUGUUGGAAAAUGAAAUUGGUUCUUUUCAUCACGUGAUCAAACGAGAGGUGGAGGAAGUGACGUGUAGGGAUGAGAAUCGACGAUGCAGAGCUUGGAAGAGCGAAGGAUAUUGUGACCACGUCGAUUACCAAAAGUACAUGACGCUAAAAUGCCAAAGAAGUUGUGGGAUUUGCCAAGACGAAUGUCGUGAUACCCGAAGUGUGUGCGAUUACUGGGCGAGCAGUGGAUAUUGCAACAAGGAGACUUACCGGAAGUUCAUGGCUGUAAAGUGCCGAUUUUCCUGUGGAAUGUGUUCUGCAGAUGAAACAACAGUUGUGAUACCGACUGUAGUUUUCAAUACCACCACUAUUGAAAGCACCACCGAAGCGAACGCUACCUCACAAAUGACGACACGAACCAUGACGUCACCGGUUAUAACGUUUAGCCCUACAACAACAGUGGUUUCUGCAUCAUCAGUUCCUACCAAAGGGUAUCAAAACGAUACUGCUCCAAUUUCAACAGCCUUGCCUGUGACGUCACUAGAAACAACCACUACGCAGCUCAUGACGUCAUCAACCACCUUACCGGAUAUUACAACAGCUUCAAUAUUGAUGAACGUGACUGAUGAUCAUUUAGCAACAAAAGCAAUAACUACGACCGUAGCAACUACACCUUGCAAGGACGAAGCGAACUCCUGUUACUUGUUGGCGUUCUCAUGCACCACCUCUUUAUUUGCCAAGCAAAAGUGCCAGGCAACAUGUGGCACUUGUCAAACACCAGCAACAGCUACCGCCACAACAAAUACAAUGGUCGGACUGACAACAAACCGAGAUAGAUCAGCGACAAGCACUGCUGCUACAACUGAUAUUCAAACUACACAACAAACAUCUACCGUUAUGAUACCUGCUGAAAUCACAGAACUAUACACACAAGAAGAAGUUCACACUACUGUUAUAGAUGACUCUACCUCACAACCCGUUACGUCACCACAAGCUCCAACUACGACACCAGUAACUCCUGCUCCAUGCCAAGAUAGGCUAACGUCUUGUCGCUUUAUGCCAUUAUCGUCAUGCAACACUGCAGCACUUAUGAAGUUGCUAUGCAAGAAAACAUGCGGGCUUUGCAGCACAACUUUAAGCGCUGCUGUUACGACAACUGCUGACGCAGUUACUACAGCAGCAACAGCAGAAGCAACGUCGUAUUCUGUAACAACGACUACUGGAGAUAUCGCUACUACUUUUCGACAAACAACAAACGAAAAUGAAAAUAAGGAAACAACAACAUUCCGACAAACAACACAACCAACCCAAACAAACGAUGAAACGACCGUUGCUUUCAGACAAACAACACAAACACCACCAACAACAGAAGCUUUUCGACAAACAGCGAAACCAACAACAGACGCUUUCAGACAAACAACACAAACACCAACAACAGAAGCUUUCCGACAAACCACUAGAUUGGCUACAACUUCCUCAGUUGAAGAAUGCGUCGACUUUUAUAACGAAUGUGCACAGUUGGCCCAGUUUUGCGAAUCUGUUGCAAACGUGUCGGCGAACUGCAGAAAAACGUGUGGCGUUUGCACUACAUCGCCUACGACUGCAAUCCCUGAAACAACUACUGUAGUUGAGGAAUGCGAGGAUACUUUUUUGAAUUGUGAAACUCUGAAGCCUUACUGCAACGUUUCUGAUUCUGCGUCUUAUCUCAGCGCAACGUGCAGAAAAACAUGCGGACUCUGUCCAACUCCAAGCCCAGAUACUACCCAAUCAGAUUGCAAGGACGACCGUUUGGUUUGUGCGGAGUGGGCAAUCUCGGGCUUUUGUGACAGCGUGAUCUACCCUCAAAUGAAGUCAUUUAUGCAAACUAAUUGUAAAAAGUCAUGCUCCGUUUGUGUGGUCGAAUCCUGGUCAGCGUGGAGUGAAUGUAGCGCCACAUGCGGCGUGGGAAAACGCGCCAGAACGCUUUCAUGUUCUUCUGGCAAUUGCGAAACGCAAGAAGAGGAAUGCAGUACGCAGUUGUGUCCAACAUGCAAAGAUUCUAUGUCAACACUGAACUGCGUUAAUUACAAAAACCGAGGAGCAUGUCAGGCAAAAGUCAUCCAAAGUCUUUGUUCGCUGACCUGCGGUUAUUGCAGUACCGAAAAUACGACAACGACCACAGCAGCACCAACUACUACAUCUGUAAAUGAAACAUUACUUAAUGCCACUUGCCAGGACAACCAUUCAAAAUGUGCAAACUGGUCUGCAAGUGGGUUUUGUUCAUCCAACUACACAAACUAUAUGAGCAACAACUGUGCCCGGUCAUGUGGAUUUUGUGGUGUCUGGAACAAUUGGAGCACGUGGACAACUUGUUCUGUAAAAUGUGGGGGUGGCGUCCAACAACGCAAGCGAAGUUGUAAAGCAAGUGUGUGUGCUGGUGAUUCAACUGUGAUGAGAGCUUGCAAUCGAAACCGCUGCACAACUUGUUUUGAUCAAGUGUCAUACUGCUCUGCCUUUGCACAAGCUGGUAAAUGUAGUGAGACUCUGUGGAAGUAUAUGUGCAGGAAAAGUUGCAAAGUUUGUGUGGAACCAGCUCAGUCAAAUCCAGCAAUUUGUGCAGACAAACACACCAACUGCCCUGCUGCUGCAGAACAAGGUGGUUGCUCUGACACCCGUGUUCAAUCUGUUUGCCCCAAAUCCUGCAAUGUAUGCACCACUCCAUGCAAGGACCAAUUGGUUGUAUGCCCCCGGUUUGCCCAGAACUGCUCCUCCACAUUUAUCCAAACAAACUGCCCAAAAAUGUGCAAUACUUGUGGAGCUGCUGGUGUUGUAACAAACACAAGUUUGGUUACAACUGAAUGUAAAGACACAAGCCCCCAGUGUGCGCAGUUCAAAACAGCCGGUUUAUGCACAAGUUCUUCUGUUGCAUCUGCAUGCCAACUCUCAUGUGGCAAAUGCACCUCUGUAAAAUCACCUGACAGUACAAUAGGCACAAAUGAAUGCAAGGACCAGAUCUCAUCUUGCUCUGUGUUAGUUGAGAAAAUGAACUGUACAAAUUCUAUGAUUCAACGCUACUGCCCACAGACCUGUGGCCUCUGCACUACAACUGUACCAGUUACAGCUACAACUGCCACCCCGGGUGUAUGCACCAACUCUCAUAGCAACUGUACAUUGUGGGCACAGCUGGGAAGGUGUCAGAAUUCAUUCAUCAAAUCAAUCUGCAAACUAUCAUGUGGAAGUUGUAAUACGCAGAGCGCAGCAUCUUCCGGGUGCUCCGAUCGUCUCACUACAUCUUGCCCGCUCUUCAAGAGCCAGUGCAGUCAGACCUACAUCAAGAUGAUGUGCCAGAAGACUUGUGGAGUCUGUGGAGGACAAGCAUCUUCUUCCACAUGCAAAGAUCAAAUCCCUGCUUCUUGCAAGAAGGUGGCAGAGAUGGGAGCAUGCAAGCAAGGAAAUUUUGAGUUUCUUUGCCCUCUGAGCUGUGGUGUAUGCACGCCAACGACCCAGGCUACAGUACCAGCGGUUGUUGAAGGAUGUGUGGACACAAGAGAGAACUGUGAAGUAUUUAAGGUUGCCAACCUUUGUAACAACCCAUCUAUAUCAAGCAUGUGUCAGAAAACUUGUGACUUGUGUCCUACGCAACCAAAAGUAGCAACAACUGCUGCUGCAUGUAUCGACUUCAGUCCUCAGUGCAAACAAUUUGGAUCUGUUGGUUACUGUCGAGCUACCGGACCAUCACAAUUUCUUUGUGCCCAGACUUGUAAUCUAUGCAGAUCAAAUGUUCAAAUACCAGUGGUUCCUAAGGCUCCAGUGUGCAGAGACAAUGACACAAGGUUAUGCACAAAGUACAAGAAUCUUUGUGUUUUGUCCACCGUGUCACAGCGAUGUAGGAAGACAUGCAAAGUUUGCACAGUUACUGACCAAGAGGGAAUGUCCAACACUGCACAAAUAAUACCUCAAGAUUCAAAUUGCCAAGAUAACAUGGACAACUGUGCUACAUAUGCUGGUUACUGUACAGUGUGGAAACAAUACAUGAGAACUAUGUGUAAGAAAACUUGUAACGCUUGUGGGUUGUCAACUACAACUGCCCCAACAACAACAGAAGCACCUGAGGGUCCUGGGAAAUGGGGUGCAUGGGCUGCAUGGUCACAAUGUACUAAGAGUUGCAACGAUGACCCAGCACCUUUAACAUCCAACAGUGGAGGUUUAACCAGAAGGAACAGAACUUGCGUAGGUGGUUCUGUAUGUGUUGGUGAAUCCUCACAAGUAUUGAGAUGCAAUAAAGCGUAUUGUGAAGAUAUUGACCCUAGAAGACAACAAAAAUGUGCUGACACUAACCCACGAUGUGCUGAAAUGAAGGAAGAAGGAAAUUGUCGUUCCAUCAGAUACCGACCUAUUGUGCUCUCACAAUGUAGAUAUACAUGUGGAUUCUGUGUGCCAAAACUGGUUUGGGGUGCUUGGUCCAACUGCAGUGUAGCUUGCGGUAAUGGAACUCAAACUCAACAACUUGAAUGUGAGGUUCCUGGUUUGUGUACAAACCAAACCUCAAAUAAUGAAACCAGGGAGCAAACUUGUGUGAUGGAGCCAUGUCCCGAGUGGAUGCAGUGGUCCUCCUGGUCGCGCUGCUCAUCUUCUUGUGGAGCAGGGAGCAAGAUCCGCAUCCGGACUUGUGGAGGAGACGAAUGUGAGGGUGAUGCACAGGAAGAAGAGGAGUGCAAAGAUAAUCCUACUUGUCCAGCUUGGACAACCUGGUCUCACUGGGGUGAGUGUAGCGCCUCGUGUGGUGGAGGGGAGAAGUCUCGCUCACGAAGUUGCACUGGUGAUGACAAUGAUUGUGUCGGUUUAAAAGAUGAAGUCGAUGCUUGUAAUCAACACCAGUGUGUUGUGGGUUGGAGUGCUUGGGGCAACUGGAGCACUUGUACCCCAUCGUGUGGUGACAGCAAGAAAACAAGAACAAGAACAUGUCCAGAUGGUUUCAGUUGUCCUGGAGAUGCUGUUGAAACUAGACUUUGUAAAUAUGUGGUUUGUCCUCACAUUGGUGUGUGGUCCCCAUGGGGUGAGUUUGGACUCUGCAAUGCCUCGUGUGGUGGAGGGAAAAUGCUCAGACGUCGAAUUUGUUUGAAUGGUAUUCCUGGUCGAGGUGGUUGUAAUGAUACAAGUCAUGAGGUGGUUAAUUGUGGGAUGGAUGUUUGUCCCGUUGGUUCAUGGGAACAAUGGGGUAGCUGGAGUGCUUGUAGCGCCUCGUGUGGUUCCGGUGUCAUGUCCCGAGAAAGGGUAUGUUUCAAUGGUACUGCAGGGGAAGGUGGUUGUAUUGGAGAUACUGAAGUUAUUGAUCAAUGUAACCGACAACCCUGUCCUGUGUGGUCGUCCUGGCAACCAUGGAGUGACUGCAGUGCCUCGUGUGGCAGCACUGGUUUGAGGGCAAGAAACAGGGACUGCUAUGAUUCGUCAAUUUCAGAUAUAGUUGUGGAUUCUGCAUGCGGUAAUGGCACAGCAACUGAAAUCGAGAUUUGUGGAAAAUCUCCUUGUCCUGCAUGGUCGCCCUGGCAGGGCUGGGGGAGUUGUAGUGUUUCGUGCGGCGUUGGAUGGUUACAGCGGCAGAGGACUUGUAACAAUGGUGUGGCGGGUGAUAUUGGGUGUCACGUUGGAACAACUCAGGAUAAAAGGAUUUGUAAUACAUGGGAUUGCCCCUCUGACUGCCUUACAACUGCUGUUGGAAUUGGAAAUCGAACUUUGACGCCGGACUCACUCUUUACUGCCUCUAGUGAGACAAAAGAAUGCAAAGCCAGUGAUGCGCGACUCGAUAAUUAUCUGGCUUGGUGCCCGGCUAUAAACGACACCAAACGAUGGAUUCAGGUCGAUCUAACUAUGCCCAUGGAUAUUUCUGGGAUUUCCCUUCAGGGGUUCGUAAACAACAACAAACUGAAGCGAGUACCCAAGUAUUCGUGGGUUCCAAGGUUUGGGGUUCUUUAUUACGAUGAAAAAAACUCGUUAUUUGACGCUGUAAGAGACAACGCUGGUCGUGCAAGAUUAUUCCGAGGCUUGGAUGGCCCAGUUAUAACAGAAAGCAGGUAUUGGAACUCUAUCAAGUCCCGUUUUUGGAAGAUCCAGGUUUUAGAUACCUCACCUGCUAGACAAGGAUGUCUUAGAUUUGAACUUCUUACUUGUCAAGGCAACCCUACUAUGAGUUUAUCAGCAGAAAUAGGAUCUGGUAUGGAAACUUAAGAAAUUUAUUUAUUUUUAGGACUUUUUAUAUUGUUCAUAUGUUUAUAUGGGUGGCGCUGCAUGACCGUAUUAUAGAGGCAAUUAUCGUAGCUACCUCUUGCACUUUGGUCUGCUCUGACCCACUUUUGUUGUAAAUAUUAUUGUUAUUGUCGAAUUUUGCCGCCGGCCUCACACUGUGUACAUAAUCGUAGCCGAAUAUUUUUUUGCUUUAUUUUUGUGCCUUGCACAGCCAACAACCUGCUUGAUUUUAUUGCAGUUUUUUUCAAUACACAACUACCCACUA